CCGAAGCGCCGACUGUGCGGGGCGCGUAGUGAACGCCACCACAUCCCCACGAACCUUGGGAGGCUCCGGUCGGGAAAGGAAGCAGACCCGCCAUUUUCCUGCAAGCCUCCAGUCCAUUUAAACCCAGUAGGGGGAGGCGAAAGAGAGAGAGAGAAAAAGAGCGGAGCGACAGAAGGAAAGAGCGAGUGAGGGGGGAAAGAGUGAGAGAGUGUGUGGUAUAGGGUGAGGGAGUGAGAAAGAGAGGAUCUCUAUUGUCACAAAAUAAAACAAAAAAGGCGGUGGAUUUCUAUCUUGUUUCUCAGCCCGACGCUCAAGCACGUUAUCCACAUUGGUGCUCUAUGGACCAAGCCGUGGAUACAAACUAGCUAAAUUGUGUGUUUUUCCCCCCUUAUCCUGCUGGCGGCCGGUGUGGUGUGCGUGUGGGGUUUUAUUUUCCCGUCCACUUCCCCGUCCUCCGUCUUGUUUGCUGCCAGGUGUUGGACGCCCCUAACGACCGCCGCUCCGUCUGGGGAGAGCCGCUCUUGCCUCUUUUGUUGCCCCCCCCCCCCCUCCACGAAAACGGCGAGAAGAUGUCCGGACAGAGCAUAACGGACAGGAUAACGGCGGCCCAGCACAGCGUCACCGGCUCGGCCGUGUCCAAGACCGUGUGCAAGGCGACCACGCACGAAAUCAUGGGUCCGAAAAAGAAACACUUGGACUACCUGAUCCAGUGCACCAAUGAGAUGAAUGUGAACAUCCCCCAGCUGGCCGACACCUUGUUUGAGAGGACCACCAACACCAGCUGGGUCGUGGUCUUCAAGUCCCUCAUCACUACCCACCACCUCAUGGUCUAUGGCAAUGAGCGAUUUAUACAGUACUUGGCUUCAAGGAACACUUUAUUCAACCUGAGCAAUUUUUUGGACAAAAGUGGGUUACAGGGUUAUGACAUGUCGACUUUCAUCAGAAGGUAUAGCCGUUACCUGAAUGAGAAAGCAGUUUCUUACAGACAAGUCGCUUUUGACUUCACAAAAGUAAAACGAGGUGCUGAUGGAGUGAUGAGGACCAUGAACACAGAAAAGCUCCUAAAGACCAUCCCUAUAAUUCAGAAUCAGAUGGAUGCUCUUCUUGAUUUCAACGUCAAUGCCAAUGAGCUUACAAACGGGGUAAUCAAUGCAGCUUUCAUGCUCCUGUUCAAAGACGCAAUCAGGCUGUUUGCGGCCUAUAAUGAAGGAAUCAUCAACCUGUUAGAGAAAUACUUCGACAUGAAGAAGACCCAGUGUAAAGAAGGCCUUGACAUCUAUAAGAAAUUCCUCACCCGGAUGACAAGGAUCUCGGAGUUCCUCAAAGUCGCGGAGCAAGUGGGCAUCGAUCGGGGGGACAUUCCAGACCUGUCUCAGUUUACGGUUUGUGCCCCCAGUAGCCUGCUGGAUGCUUUGGAGCAGCACUUGGCUUCCCUUGAAGGAAAGAAGGUCAAAGAUUCCACUGCUGCAAGCAGGGCCAGCACCCUCUCAAAUGCAGUGUCGUCGCUGGCGAACACGGGUAUCUCCUUCACCAAAGUGGACGAAAGGGAAAAGCAGGCGGCACUGGAGGAGGAACAGGCUCGCUUAAAAGCACUCAAGGAGCAGCGUCUGAAGGAGCUGUCAAAGAAGCCCUCCACGACUGCUGCGUCACCAGUCUCUACCACCGGGGGCACAAUCAGUACUGCCCCGGCGAUUGACCUCUUCUCCACUCCCAGCUCCACAAACAGCACUUCCAAGGUGCAGAGUGACUUGCUUGACCUGCAGCCAACAUUUCAGCCACAGAUGCCAGUCUCCACAGGCCUGCCUGUAGCAAACACAUGGGCAGAUCCUUUCACUUCUACUGAAGCUGUCGAUGACUCCAUUCCAAACUUAAACCCUUUCCUUACAAAACCUGUUGUCGAUGCUGUCCAUCUUCCUGUUGUGUCCUCAGACGGUGUUAGUUUUUCUUCUAGGACACCCAGUCAUGAAAUGUUUGGUGAUUCCUUCUGUGGUCCAGCACCCUACCCUAAUGCCUCUCUCUUCCACCCUGAGCCCUCUGCUGUAGCUGGCCUAUUUGGAGGGUUCACGGCGUCUCCAGCACCCCAGUCGCAGACCUCAAGAGGCCUUAACGUCGACUUUGACUCUGUGUUUGGCAAUAAGUCGGCCUCUUCUAACAACCCGGACUCUGCUGAUGAUGUUCUAGGUGGCAUCCUGAAACCCACAGUGGCCUCCCCCAAUCAGGGUCUUCCCCCCAACAGUCAGCAGUCGGGGAAGCUGGUGUCAGACGACCUGGACUCCUCCCUGGCCAACCUCGUGGGCAACCUGGGAAUCGGGAAUGGCACAACAAAAAAUGACAUUCAUUGGAGUCAGCCUGGGGAGAAAAAGUUAACUGGUGGAACCAACUGGCAACCAAAGACUGCCCCCACCACCACAUGGAACCCCGCUACCAUGAAUGGCAUGCAUUUCCCACAAUACGCCCCCUCGGUCAUGGCCUUCCCUGCCACAACGCCGACUGGAAUGAUGGCAUAUGGCGUGCCGCCACAGAUGGGCUCCAUGGCCAUGAUGACCCAGCCCACUAUGAUGUACACGCAGCCGGUCCUGAGGCCGCCCAACCCCUUUGGCCCGGUCCCCGGUGCGCAGGUGUGUGUCCCCACCCACGGUACUGGUGACCCGCCCUCCACAGCUUCUAGUCCCUCCAGUCAAAGUCCUCUCAGAGCUCCUGGAAAGGACCCCUUUGCUCAACUCUCUCUCAAGGAUUUCUUGUAGAACAUCUUUAGAUGCAAUUCAUGUAAUCUGAAGGGGAGUCGUCGCUUUCUGAAGAUGAAGCACUAAGCAGCAAGACCUUCUCCUUUUAAGCAAAAUCCACUUUGCUGUUUUACUCUUCAUUGAGAAUAUCAGCCCAAUAAGGACUUGUGAAGGAAUCAGAGGGGUAAUGAAUUGGGGGAUCCAGGCUGAAAUGGCAUCAAAGAGGACACAGCGCUUUUGUAAUUUGUCUAACAAGGUAACGGCUUGUGCUGCUGUUAUUACCCUCCUGUGGGAUCACUCAUCAUGUUUGACGUCUGUUAAUGAUGCAUAUGGGUGCCGAAAUGGGGCAAUUUAGACUUUUGCUGUUAUGUAUCAGAAAAUAGUUUGUUGUAAUACAAACACCUUGAUGUUUUUCCUGGGAGGGGGGAGGGGGAGAUGGGGGUGGGUAGGAGGAGGAGGAAUCAUCAGCUCUAGAUUUGAUCAUCAAUUAUGCAUUACCUAAUUUAACUGUCACCAAUUAGAGAUGCUAACUACAGUUUAUACAAUGAUUUAUUUUCAUUUUUUUAAACUUGCGUUUGCAGUAGACAUUCCUUGUGUAUUGUUUGUAUUUAUUUAUGAUUAUCUGUUGAAUACAUUGAGAGGAAAAAAAAAGACUAAUUACAUUGAGCCCUUGCUUGUGAGAGUGAUUCUGGAUUAUACAUUGGUAUGGUUGAUUGUAUAAUUGGAAUAUGAGUGACUGAGUAAAAAAAAUAAAUGAUAAAAAUGGACACAUUUGACUGAGAGAGCACUAAAUAUUCUCUGAAGCAGUUUUGUCAAGUCCAAUUCUUUGUAGCUCAGAGGUUCACAGCCCUACAUUUGUAAGGGUUAUGGGGGGUAUACACUUUAUUAAUCCACAUAGUUAACUCUGUGCCUAGGGUUUUUGCAAGGGAACAUUUAUCGGACUAGCAAAGCACUACAUUUGUGAUUCUGCAGCAUUGCAUUGGGAAGGAUCUGUAUUGCUUUUUGCUUGGCAUGUCAUUAUUUUACAUUGACAACUGUAUGGCUGCCUUUCCAAACUGAAUGUGAAGUUGCCUUCAUGUUCCAACUGUCUUUUUCCAAAGACCAUCACGUGGGGGAUCCUGAACUGAGGGGUGAGACGAGAGGCGGGCCUUCCUUUGGUGGGUGUGGCUGAGAGAUAGGCACGGAGGAGGGACCGGUAGCAUCUUUGUAAAUUAAUAGUUAAGAGGUGCAUGUAACACAGAAAAGGGGAGCACUGUUGAUCGGUGCUUUGUGUAUAUAUGAUGGACCCUGAACAUUCAGGGCGUGUGAAGGAUGGUCGGAAUUAUGAAGGCAAUUCUGUUCAUUAAUUUAGCAUAUUUGCUGCAUUGUUCAUGCAGAUUCUAUUUUUGUUUAUAUAUUAAAAUGUAUGUAAGCAGAAAUUGGUUGAUUUUCAAAUAAAGUGCAGCUUCCACAAAGUCA